CACUUCACUAUAAUACAACUCUUAGAUCCAUGCUCAACAUAAGUAUACUAUAUACGCGGAAGCUGUCCAAGAACAAAAGAAAGAAGAAGAAGAAAAAACGUGCACACUUGACAAUUUAAUCAGAUACAAAAUGAUGCAGAUUCCCCCAUUAGACAGCGCAAAGAAGAUUUAGAUCCGCCCCCGCUGAGUCAGCCAGAUGCUACACAGGAACUGAGCCUGUAGAUAAGAACGGAACCAAUCAAAAACUUUGUAUCAGAAACAGAUUCCUUAAGUUUGCCAUCGUUAAAAGUUGCUCAACAUAUUUCAAUUCCAUGCCCUGCAAAAGAAUGUGCCCCCGCCAUGGGUCCUUCGUAUGCUACCUGAAGUUUGCGGUGAUUGCUCUCUCCACAAUUGUGCUUAUAUCCACCAUAGAUUUCAUCAACACGACGUUCCGCCAGCGUUCGAUAAGUUCUGUAAUAGCCAGGUCGUGGCACGCCAGGACCCCGUAUCUUGUGGACACGUCUGCUUGUAAGAUUCCAAACAUCGACCCAUUCGACCCGUCCAUCGCACACUUCAUCAAACCUCAACGCAAACCUGUCAUGUGCAAUAAAAGACCGCCAUUUACAUUUGAAAACGGGACCAAGUUGCAAAUUAACUGGACAGCAGUCAGCCAAUCAAAAUGGAACGGUCAGUUUGGUUACUGUAAAAUUCAACCUAUUUAUAGACCGCCGAAUAACCAUGACAACAAUUAUUUUACAUAUUUGGAGAUCAGUGAUGAGUUCAAUGAUACCAUUGAAAUGAAACACGAGUUCGUCAGAGUUUUAUGUUACAACAGUAAUCAUGGGAAAAUUCACACAAACUUUCAUCAGUUUAUUUUACCAAAACCCGAUGUAGACGAAAGGUGUUCACUCGCAUUUGUGAAACACAAAGACAGCCCUAACGUUAGAGAAACUCUAAAUGUUGUCAUGAUUGGGGUGGAUUCCAUUUCAAGACUGAAUUCGCAAAGGUACCUGAAACACAUGCGUAAUUAUCUAUUGAAAGAACUAGGUGCAUUUGAGAUGACCGGAUACAACAAAGUAGCAGACAAUACUUUUGUGAACAUUGUACCUAUGACCAUGGGAAAAUUCUUGGAGGAAGUGCCCUGGAAUGAAAGCAUGAGUAAAAUUCCAUUUGACGAUUACGAUUUCAUUUGGAAACAAUUUGCUUCAAAAGGAUAUCGGACUCUUUACGCAGAGGACGCGCCAGAAAUCGCCAUCUUUGAUUAUUUAAAAUCCGGAUUUCACCGGCCCCCAGCGGAUUACUUUAACCGACAUUUUUCAUUGGCUAUGACGACGGACAAGAGUGUUUGGUAUGACAAUCAUAACUGCGUAACAGACAGACUGGAAACCGACAUUAUUCUCAGCUACAUUUACAACUUCAUUGACAUGUACAAAUACUCUCCAUAUUUCGCAUUCUCAUUUAUCACAGGUUUAACACAUGAUUUUCUGAGCAGUGCUGGAUAUGCAGAUGUUCCAUAUUUAGAAUUUCUGAAGAAAUUAAGAGAAAACGAACAGCUAAAUAAUACAGUGUUGAUCUUGUAUAGUGACCACGGAAUGCGUUUUGGCAAAAUGCGCGAAUCCUACAUUGGUAAGAUGGAGGAGCGCUUACCUUUUCUUUUCUUUGUUUUUCCGCAAUGGUUUCUUGCUAAAUACCCGGAUUAUGCAGAAAAUCUUCAAACGAAUACUCGGAGGCUAACGACACCUUUUGACAUUUAUGAAACUCUUUCCGAUAUUCUUUAUUUUAACGAAUUCAUACCAGUUAGAAGGGGGCUUAAAAACAGAGGCAUCAGUCUUUUCCGAGAAAUUCCUGAGGACAGAGGAUGCGAGGAAGCUGGAAUACUUCCGCACUGGUGCACAUGCGCCGAAUUUCAAACGCUGUCACCGACUAACGAAAUCGUACAAAAAGUAGCCAACAACAUGAUAAAGGAAAUCAACAUCCAACUAAAUGAAGUGUCUAAAAGAUGCGCAUUUCUAAGAUUAGGAAAAAUUAAAAAUGCCAUUAAACUUCUUCCAUCUGAAAAGGUUUUAAGAUUUGAAGAAAGUAAGAAUGACGUCAUCAACAGAUUUGUAAAAUAUGGAGACCGCUCCAAAGCACAGGUGAAUUAUCAGCUGACGUUGAGCACUGUUCCCGGUAACGCGCUGUUUGAGGCUACCAUGCAAUUUGAUGAGAGAGACGACUCGUACAAGAUGGUCAGCGAUAUUAGUAGAAUCAACGAAUAUGGCCAUCAGGGUGAUUGCAUAGACGUCCACAAACUGAGAAAAUUCUGCUACUGUAAAUCGUGAUGUGCUGAUAUUGAAUAAAUGUAAACACAUUUAUUUUUCUCCCAUUUUGAAGACGUACAUUUAAUUGGUAUGUUAACAGUUGCCUCUCUUGGUUUGUGAUGAGUUCGAUUCAAGAUCAGUGGACGAAAUUGAAACGGAUUAAAAGGCAAAAUUAUGUUGAUUGACCAAACAAAACUUUGUUGUAGAGAGAUGUGAAAAGAGUAUGCAUUUUUGUUUAUAUGCCAUUGAUUUCUACAUCAAUAUCCAAUAAAAAGUAUAGGAAGAGGGAACGUGGCAAACGUUCAACAAUACUGACUGGUACACAACCAAUUUUCACUUUUUGACCGAAUUUUAUUUUUUAUAUCUUUAUAUUUGACCUACUCCUAAUUAAUAAAAAAUGGAAGGAAUCUCUGUAUUGCUUGAUUAUAGAUUGUUGGCAAACAUUUACAAAUUUUAUAUAUUUUGUAAAGCAGAGUUUUUGAAAACGUAUGCAUGUAUUCGUAGGCAAUAAUUUGCCAUUAUAUCUUUGAUGAACAUUCGAUUUCAUGGAUCCGCUCAACAACAUAAAUCAAGAAAUUAGUUAUCAAUACCACAACUUAUUGCAAUAUAGUAGGAUGAAUGUCAUUCUGUUUAAAAUCUAAUGCUGUACUGGCUUCGCUAGAGAAAAGA